AUGCAGUCAGCGGACCAGGAACCCUCAGCCCCACAGUUGGCGGGCCCAGACCUUGCAGAGGAUGCAGGUCUUGAAGUUGAUUCUGAGGAGAACGAUUCGGCAUAUGCGGAAUCAACCUUCAUGACCUCUAUUGCGUCAAGUGUUACUAGAGGCAUAUUCGAAAAUGGUCGAAGAUAUCAUUCGUAUGGGGAAUCCCAAUACGCCUUUCCCAAUGACGAACAUGAGCUCGAGAGGUUAGAUAUGCAGCAUACUAUGCAAACCAUGUUACUCAAUGGCAAGCUGUUUUGGAGCCCGAUUGGACCAUCGCCGCAGAGAAUACUCGACCUGGGUACCGGGACAGGAAUAUGGGCUCUUGAGAUGGCGGACCUGUACCCCUCCGUGGAGGUGAUUGGCACAGACCAGUGA